GGGAACGGAAACAGGGAACGGGAACGGUGCUUACCAGGGCGGUGGCUCUGGGCAGAAACGUGCAGCUCAGCGCACGAGGGAUUGCUGCUGCUUCACCGCACACGCCCCAGGCCCCCCUUGCCUAAAAUGGCGGUGGUUUUGGCACACUGCAUCAGCCCCGCCGAGCUGCCCUAUGGGAGCCGUGCGCUGGAAAAUGUCUGCUGCCUAAAAUACCAGGAGUUCCUGUUGUAGUCCAGGAGGGUGGUAGUAAUAAGAUGUCUCUGUUGAAGUGGUUUUAUAAAAAUCUGCAAAUCGUAUGCAUGUGACGUUAAAGGAGUACAGACUGGAAAGGUGGUCAGUAAUUGAACGAGUGGUCCAAGAAAACUGGAUGAACAACUGAAGUAGUCCAGUCUCCAUCCUUCAUCUGUGAGCCCACUCAUAAGAGGGAACUUGUAUCGCUUCUGUCCAUCUUCCUGAGCUGUUCUGUUUUCUCAGCUGUACCUUUCUUUUUUUCCUCCAGAACUGUCAUGCUCCUAUUGGACAUGAACUGUUCUGUCUGGCGUUCUUCUGUAAUAUGACUGAGUUUUUAACAUGAGAGUAAGCAAUGAAUGCUGCAACUUUGUUGAGAUACACAAUCAGGUCUUUUGCCAUGGAAGCCGAGGAAACAAUGGAAUGUAUCCAGGAAUUCCCUGAACACUAUAAAGUUAUUUUGGAUAGACUGAAUGAACAACGUGAGCAGGACCAGUUUACAGAUAUCACCCUGAUUGUUGAUGGUCACCAUUUCAAAGCUCAUAAGGCUGUUCUUGCUGCCUGUAGCCAGUUCUUCCACAAAUUCUUCCAAGAUUUCACUCAAGAGCCUUUGGUGGAGAUUGAAGGUGUAAGUAACAUGGCAUUUCGUCACCUAAUUGAGUUCACCUACACAGCAAAACUAAUGGUCCAAGGUGAGGAAGAAGCAAAUGAUGUUUGGAAAGCAGCUGAGUAUUUACAGAUGCUAGAAGCAAUCAAAGCACUUGAAAUCAGGAACAAAGAAAAUUCAUCACUCUUAGAAUCAAAUGAAGCGCAAGGUAAAAAUAAACCAAAAAAGAGGAAGAUCGCUGAAACCUCUAACGUUAUCACAGAAACACUGCCAUCUGCAGAAUCAGAACCUGUUGAAAUUGAGGUUGAGAUUGCUGAAGGGGCGAUGAAAGUGGAAGACAGCAUUGAGACACUUGAAGAAGUAGCUUCUGCAGAGCAAUCCAUAAAGUACAUACAGACAACAGGUACAUCAGAUGAAUCUGCUUUGGCUCUUUUGGCAGACAUCACCAGCAAGUAUCGUCAGGGAGAGAGAAAAUGCCAGGUCCAAGAAGAAGGUGAUAGUGCAACUGAUCCCUCGUGCAAACAGGUAGAAGGUAUUGAAAUUGUGGAACUUCAGCUGUCACACAUGAACAAUUUAUUCCACUGUGAGAAAUGUAACCGUUCAUUUAAAUUGUUUUACCAUUUUAAGGAACACAUGAAAACACACUCUACUGAGAAUUACAAGUGUGACAUAUGCAAUAAAAGAUACCUACGAGAGAGUGCUUUGAAACAGCACCUCACCUGUUACCACCUUGAUGAAGGUGGUGCCAGCAAGAAGCAAAGACCUGGCAAGAAAAUACAUGUAUGCCAGUAUUGUGAUAAGCAGUUUGACCACUUUGGACAUUUCAAAGAGCACCUGCGGAAGCACACAGGUGAAAAACCAUUUGAAUGUCCAAACUGCCAUGAACGUUUUGCUAGGAAUAGCACACUCAAAUGUCACCUGACAGCCUGUCAGUCUGGAGCUGGAGCCAAAAAGGGAAGAAAGAAGCUCUACGAGUGUCAGGUUUGUAACAGCGUGUUUAACAGCUGGGAUCAGUUCAAAGAUCACUUGGUGAUACACACUGGUGACAAACCCAACCACUGUACCAUGUGUGAUUUGUGGUUUAUGCAAGGCAGUGAGCUGAGAAGGCAUCUCAAAGAAAUGCACAAUAUUUCAGAACUACUGGUGACAGAAGAGGUUCUUCCAGUGGAAGCUAUGGAAGCUGAACCAGUAACAUCAAUGACAAUAAUAGAGCAAGUUGAGCAAGUCCAUGUCCUGCCAGUAAUUCAGGUACAGGUGGAUCCUGCACAGGUAACUGUAGAACAGAUGCACCAGGAUCUCAUACAGGACAAUCAAGUCAAAGGCGCACAGAUGGAGGAACUGCAAGAACAGGUGCAAAUUAGUUACUUGGAAGUUGAACACAUUCAGACUGAACAAGGUGCUGAAGUUCAUGUGGAGCAGUUACAUGUUGAGCAUGUAAACCAAAUACAGAUGGAAGAGGUACAGGCAGAACUUAUAGAUGGAACACACCUUGAACAGGUAGAAUACCAAGGUGUUGAUCAAGGAGAAGCAGAAGAAAAGGAACCUGAUCAAACAGAUGGUGCGGAUAAGGAACACGAUGAACAAGCUGAAGACUUAAAAACACAACAGUUAGUUGACACACAGAAUGAAAACGUGGAUGAUUAGGACAAAUAAUGACACUGCAGGUUUAGGAAUGAAAUACAAAAUUAUUUUUGUUAACUUUUACAUUGGUUUUUGAACUGUCAGUGGUCACCUUUCCAAUAUGCUGUCCAUAGGAAGCUGGACCAGUGGACCAAAAUUAGCUUUCUUCAUGUACAAUUAAACUUCUCUCAUAUGUGAAAAAUAACUUUCCUAUUUGUGUAAUGCCAUGGAACAGAAACUACCACAGACACGGACAGCUUCGUUAGGUUUUUAGCAAUGAAUAGCUUGUAUCAUUGUUACACAAUUCCUGGAUAUAUGUAAGAGUAAUUUCACCUCUUCUCCUCUUGCAGUAGAAGCAAACUCUUGUAUAGUAUUGCAGGGUGUCUGUGGCAAAAGAAUCACUAAGAACUGAGGGGUUCUAUUGAAAGUGGCAAUUACGUACCUGUGAAUUUUCAGAUCUUUCAGGCUGGGCUAAAAUUAGCAUUGUUGCUGGAGGUGUCUGAGCACAAAAAUCCCGUGCCUUUUCAACACUGACUAGUUAAAUUUCCCAAAAGUUUCUAGAGUUUCUGAGAAUUUAGUUCUGUAAAAGGCAAUGUAGGUAAUGUUAUAGUGCUUUAUAUUUUUGCUUAAAAUUGUCAGCUACUGAUUUUCUUUUUACAUUAAAUUUAGAGGUGGGGGGCUGAGGGAGGGAACAGAUUCCACAUGCAGGCAGCAGGACACUCUAAAAGGGACACUUAAAAAUAGGAAAAACUUGGUAGAGUCUGUGGCAAACACGAAUUGGAAAAAAGCUACCAGCAGACUCUUCUUUUAUAAAAAAUCAUUUUUGAAAAUGAAUAUGUUUAAACAUAUAUAUAGAGGAGAUUUGUCUAUAUGGUAUCAGGUUCUUGGGUUUUUUGAAAUUACAUUCUGACACUUGACACAAAGAUAUGUUAAACAUAAAAGUAAAAGCCAUAGGUAUGAGUGCUAAACUGUGGAUUGAAAAGUAGAAGUGUAAAUAGUUUAAUCAAUAUUAGACAAUAAAACAAUACCAAACAUUAAA